AUGCUGACCUCCACCGACGUGACGGGGUCCGUGCGCGGGCAAGACGAGCGGGAUAUGCUCCUCGGCCGACUCUUUACGUGCCUGGCGGUGGUGCGGUCAGGGCGACUGAAUGUCAACAUCAAAGAGUGGGAUCCGAUAGGCAUGAAAUUAUUAGAGACUGCCAUAGGGAUUUUUAGGAAGCGCAAGGUCUUACGGUCGUUGGCCGCAGAGGCUAUAGUUGCCAUGCUGGAGUGCUUGCCGCCUCAGCGUUUUCUCGAUUCUCUGGAUUUGUUGACCGAAUUGGGGGAGUCUCUCGGCGCAAAGGACACUACCAAGCACAGCGAUGAAGGAGUGCGAGAAGAAGUAGACGUUGACGCCCUUAAUCCUGACCAGCUCGGGCUGGCGCUCGUCCUGCAAGACUAUCUCCGCCAACACGGUAUCCGCAAGGAGAAAGGGCUGGAAGGGAGGCUCCCGCGCUGGCUGUUGAGUUCCAAGCGUAUCCUCAAAUGUAAACGAAUACACAAGCUUAUUGAGCCGCUGAAAGCCUCGUCAAGCGCCUUCCCUCAGGUGCACCCGCUCUGGGACCGCCUCCUAGACCGGCUGCUGCCAAGCCCAGGCGGUAGCGACGGGGCCGGCGGGAGCUGCGAAGAUGAGGAGGGAGACGACCAUGGUGCUAGCUUUCAAGCCCUGUGGACGCUGAUGGUCGACGAGGUGCUGGCCUGCGGGACACACGAGCGAAAGGCCCUGGCCUUGAUGCUCCUGCAGCGCGUGGCCGGACGGGCGUCGGCAACGCAGCUUCCCAUCUGUCUGUCCCCCAACGUGCUGAAAAUCUUGCUCAUGUCUUUGUCCACGGCAGGGACUGCGGACGAGAUUCUACGACCUUUGGCAAAACAGACCUUGGACGCGCUGGUGGCGACUGGUGAGGCGGCGCCGGAGAAACGCCUCCUCAUCGCCUGUGCCCUCCUGACCCGCUGCGACGUGAACUUCGACCAGAAGACCGGUACAAGCGUUCUACAGGAUUUAGUGGGAGCCUUGAGUACGUCGGAACUCUUGUUAUUCGUAAGGCAUGUGGUAAAGGCCUACCACGACGCGGAGGCACCGUCGAUAGCGGCUUUGUCUCCUGCAAAGAGGGAGGAUUGCAAGAGUAAGGAGGGGGUGGAUGGGAGCGGGGAAAUGGAUGAAAGUGAUGCGGCAUCCACAAUACUGUCUCAAAAGCUCUGGGCUGUGGACGCGCUUUACGCGCUGAGCAGGAUGCCGGCUGUCGCAAAGCCUGGAGGAGAAGGAGUGGUGGUGAAAGUACUGCGGCUGCUCUUUUCGUUGGCGUACUUCGACAUCGAGGGGGUGAGCAGGGGAGACAAGAAAACGGGUGCAUCUGAGCGUGUCAAGAAAGGGGGCCGGAGGGCCGGCAAGUCGGAUAAAGGAGAGACUAAGGUAGCCUCCUGGGAGUUGGUCAGGGGCUUUGUGCCUGAGGAAGUCCGGAGGGCGGCGGCUGCACGGGCCCACGGCCUCCUGGCCGAGCUGGGAAAGGGGGACAUGCUUCCAUCUCAAGUUGCAGGUGCCGGCACGGGAGCCCUGGCAUGGCUUUGGGAGACCCACAAGAUAUGGCGAGACCUGGAGGCAGAAGGGGUGGAGCUUGUCAUCCCCCUGGAGGCGGGGCCGAGGGAGGCGCGUGACGAAAUGUUGGGACUGACAGAGGAGAUCCUCGCAAGAAUAAAAAAGGAGACGGGGAGCAGAACAGCGAGUAAAACGGAUGAAGCCUUUGCUAUUUUGAUCAUGCAGGUUGGCCUCUACCAGCUGAACACAGAACCGGGAGGUGGGCAGGAGGACUUCUUGGGGGAUCUGUGUCGAUGCUACAAAGAUCUUGCGGGCACGACCAAGGACUCUCGUUCCCAGAGACGGGACGUGAAGGGUGGUGUCGACGCCAUGGCUGUGCUUGCAGACCUGUGCGUGGGAGUGCUGUCUACCUCACUGGCAGGCGUGCCGGUGCGUAAUCUCCGCGACAAUGUCCGAAAGGCAUGGGGGGUGGUGUGCGCGUCCUCUCCCAUUACUCGCCCGGCACUCGAGGUGCUUUUGGGAGUUGUAUGCAGCACGUCGGGUUUCGAGGAUGAUGAGAUAAACGGGGUGACAGGAGAUAAUGGGAGUGAUUCGGAGUCGAGCGACGGAAGCGACGACGAUAGUGGCGAAAAUGACGCCGCCUUGGCCGCCUUAGACAAAGUUCUCAGUUCCACGGGCAUGGCUACAAGCGGCGACGCAACGGAUGAGGGUGGCCCGGACGACUCGGAAAGCGAGGAAGAAGAGCAAGAAGUUGUCGUGGAUGGCAGCGAUCCCGAGGCUUUCCGGCGUUUGCUGGGCGGAGACGACGAAAACCAGGGUCACCUCGACCACAUGCUGGCCUUGCGCCAGGCUAGCCAUCAGGGCGGAAAGGAAUCUCGCACUGAAGCCGAACGACAAGCGCUGCAGCAUCGGCUACGGACAUUGGACCUUCUCGAAGUAGUUGCCUCCAAACAACCGCAUGCUGGCCUCUUGCUCCUCAGCGUCGAGCCCUGCUUGACAGCCCUCAGAAAGCUUCAGGCUCAAGCGGGGCCUGGGAGGCCAGCGGAGCUGCUCAAUCUCUCACACCGCCUGUCUGACUUCUUGAACAAACGCUUAGCCAAGACACGGCCCAGGCUCUUCCCAGUGGCGAAGGGAGGAGGCGGGAUGGCAGACGAGGAGGUGGAGGCACUCACUCGAGUCUUGGUGGGCGAGCUAAGGAGGGCCCCUACCAAGGACCGUGCGAACACAGUUCUGACCUGCUUGAAUGUCUGCACGCGGGCGACGCUAUUCGCGAGCACUAGCAUGAAUGCUCCUCCUCCUGCGUGGCUGGUGGAUCUUUAUCGAGGUGCUUUACGAGAGUACAUGACCACGCGGACUAGCUUGACCGCCACCCCUUUUGAACAAUUGGUCGCUCGCUUCCCCUCUCCAGCAUGUCUAACUUUGCUGCAACCACUAAAGACCUAUGUUGUGGAGGUAUCGAAAGCAUUCCGACAAGCAGAGGCGCUUCGGUUGGUGGCUCUGCUGUUGGCGCAACGUCGCGUCUUUGGGGCGGACGCGAAGCAAGUUAUGCAGCGCGAAAUUUCUGGUCUUUUGGAUGCACUCAGGCGAGUAGCGACAGAGCAGAGCGGCGACGUGAAUAGCAAGCACCUCAAACCCUUGGUCGAAUGCUGCCAAACAGUGGCCACUGUCAUUCAGGAAGACAAUGGUCUUUCGCGAAGUUUGCCGCCCACUCAGUCAAAGGAAAAGAAGAAUAAGGGAGCUAAGAAAGAAGCAGCGAAGGAGGUAGCCAUGGCGGAGGCCGCUUCAGAGCUGGGUCGCUCCUUGAUCGAGUUGCAAAAGAAGACUUCCAGUGUCGGGCUGAGGAUGUCGUGUCUAAACGUCGCUCGCCAGUUGGGCGUGUCAAGUGCAGACGUGGGAGAGCCUGUCAAGCAAGCUCAAGUUAGGGGCGGGAAGAAUCACCAGAAAGAUAAAGGGAAAAAACGUCCGCGCGACAACGAAUUUCGCGAAAUAGCUGAAGCGAAGGCAGGUAGAGGCGGUGGCAAGGACGCAAAUCACAGUGUGGGCAAGGACAGUCAAGGAGACGCGGCACAGCAAAAAAAGCCAAAUCAUCACCCAAAGCGCGAGAAAUUGAAACAAUAG